AUGUUCCGAGAAAUCUCAAUAGUAGAAUAUUUGCAACAAGAGAAGCAAUAUUAUAUUUCAGAUGGUCAAUCAAGUCGUGCAUUGGUAAAUGUUCACGUGGAAGACGUAAAUGAUAAUGCACCUGUAUUUUAUCCAGAACAAUAUAAUGUAUCGGUACGAGAAAAUAUUGAAAUUGAUAGUUUACUGAUAUUAUUAUCAGCUAAUGAUGCUGAUAGUGGAAAGUAUGGUGAGGUGCAUUAUCGGUUUGUAACCGAAGAAUCGGAUUCUUUCCGAUUGGAUGGAAAAUCCGGUCGCUUAUAUGUACAAAAUAAAUUAACAAAGGAAGAUUAUCAUUUAACAGUGGAAGCGAUAGAUGGAAAUGGAUUGGUUAGCGAGAAACCGGCUAUUAUUCAUAUCAAUGUUAUCAGUAAUUCCAUUCCAAUACCACAAUUUACAAGUAUACUAUAUCAAUUUAAUGUUUUGGAAGAAACUCUUCCAGGUAUUACGAUUGGUAAGGUUAAAGCUAAUGGAUUAUUUCCAAUAAGCUACAGUGUAUAUUCUGGUGAUUCGGAUCAUUUCUUUACAAUUGAUGCUAAAAAUGGACAAAUUAAUGUUGCACAAUAUUUGGAUGCUGAUAAAUGGGAACAAUUAUUAAUUAAUGUUCAGGCACAAAUGAAAGAUGGUGGAAUAAAUUAUACACAAAUUCUUAUCAAAUUAACUGAUACCAAUGAUAAUGCACCAAAAUUUGAAAUGGAUAAAAUGGAAGCAUAUAUUUAUGAAAAUCAUCCAAUACAUCAACCAUUCUUUGCUGUACAAGCAUAUGAUAAGGAUCGUGGAAAGAAUGGUGAAGUGAUAUAUGCAUUGAUAAAAAGUGAACCAGAAUGUCCAGUUUCAAUUCGACCAUUAACUGGUGAAUUAGUAUUGUUGACAAAUUUGGAUUUUGAAAUGAUUAAUAAAUAUUGGUUGGUGAUACAAGCGCAUGAUCAAGGAGUACCACCACAUUCUUCCAAUAUCACUAUUAUACUUAAUGUUCUUGAUAUUAAUGAUAAUAAACCGGAAUUUAAUGAACAAAUAUAUUCCAUUAAAAUACCAGAAGAUAUUCCGCUUAUGACCGAUAUAUUAAUUGUUCAAGCGAAUGAUCGAGAUAGUGAACAGAAUGGUAGGAUAAGUUAUCGAUUGAAUGAGGGAAAUCAUGAUUUCGCUAUUCAUCCGGUAAACGGAAAUAUUUUCGUAAAUGGAACACUUGAUCGUGAAAUGAUUGCCGAAUAUCAUUUACAUGUUAUUGCUAACGAUAACGGAAAACCAGAAUUAUCAUCUCAAGCCAUUGUUCAUAUCAAAAUUCUGGAUAUAAACGAUAAUUCACCAAAAUGUCCAAUGAGAAAUUCCUUUACGAUAACUGAUGACAUUAAUACUGGUGUGACAUUUGAAAAACUGAUUGCAACAGAUCCGGAUGAAGGUUUAAACGGAAGUUUAUUAUAUCGUUUACAAGUUGAAGAUGUCAAUUUUGCUAUUCAGAAUAAUGGUGAAUUAUUUGUGAAACGGAAAUUUACCGGAAAAGAUUAUCGGAAAGAAAGUCGUUUAUCAGUAAUUGUUCUUGAUCGAAAUGGUGAUAUGCAAGCUCGUUCAACAAUUUGUCCAAUUCGUAUUAGUAUUGAAAAAAUACAUUCUAAAGUCAAAUUUUUGGAACCAAUUGAUCGCAUCAUUAAGAUCGAUGAAAAAUGCGCAUCCGGUUGCAUGUUGAAAAUGCUUAAUGGAACGGAUAUUGCUAGAUGGGAAAUUGAAAUGAGUGAUAUUUCAAGUAAUUUUGAAAUUUGGAAUAAUACAAUUCGUACUUCCAAAUAUUUCAAUGCAGCUACAAUAAAUGAUAAUGGAACAUUAUCCAUAAUAGCAUUUGAUAAUGAUGAACGACAAAAACAAAUUACAUUUAUCAUUCGUAAAUCAACUUUAGAAAUUACACAUCCAAUUGAUAAGACAACUGUGAUAAGAAUAUCAAAGACUACUCCAGUUGGUUCAAAAUUGGUGACAUUAAGCAAUGAACAAAAUAAUGAGACAUUUUGGCAUUUAGAAAAUGAGACAGAUGCAUUCUACCUGGAUAGUAUCACUUCUAAUUUAUAUCUUGCAACAAAUAUCCGUUGGAUUUUUAAUAAAAAUUUUCUACUCAAAAUUAUAAAAUGGAAUUUAUCAAAUUAUUAUCAAAUUGAACAACAAAAUAUUUAUAUCGAAAUUGAGCCAACAAAUAUCUAUUGGCCACAAUUUUUUAAUUGUCCACGAUUUUUUACAAUUAAAGAAAAUGAGCCAACAGGUUCAAUAAUUGGGAAAAUAUCUGCUGAAGAUAUGGAUGAUAAUAGUGAUGGACAAUUAACCUAUUCGUUAGUUCAAGGUUCAACAAGUUUAUUUUCAAUUGAUCCGGACACUGCUGAAUUAAUACUAAUACGUUCGUUACAUUGGGAAAAGGAUUUAUCAUUGUUUGUGGUUGUAGAAGUGGAAGAUAAUUAUCGAAAUGUGAUAAAACAUUCACAUUGUGCUGUUUUUAUCAAUGUUGAAGAUAUCAAUGAUCAUCAACCACAAUUUUUAAGUUCAUCAACGAUAACGAUAGAUGAUAAUUUUGUUGAAGGUGAUAUCAUUCAUCAUGUUAUUGCUAUAGAUGAUGAUGCUGGUGAUAAUGCUAAAAUUACUUAUACGCUUAUCAAUGAUAAAACAAAUGACACAUUCAUUAUCGAUCCAAAUACUGGUAUUUCACAUUUAAUUUUUCAUUCAUAA